GUUUGAGCUUGCCAGUCGGUAACUUCGGUUCUAAGCCAAGCAACGUUGCCCCAUGGAUUUUAGUCAGGUGCUGGACAAGUGCGGGGACUACGGGAGAUUCCAGGUGGUGCUCCUGUUGCUCUACGGCUACACAAAUAUACUCGGAUCGUUACAUUAUUUUUCGCAAACACUGAUCACCUUCACGCCGGAGCAUUGGUGUUCCCACGACGAUCUCUAUGGUCUCGAAGUGGAAGAACUUCGGUCUGUGUACUCCAAUGUCUCCGCCCCCGCCUGCACGCUCCUGCUGGGCAUAGUCAAUGGCACAGGAGUAGCAGCCGAUGAUGCAAAGUGCAGGAACUGGAUCUUCAAUCGGGAAAGUGGCUAUGAGAGCAUCACCACCGAGUUAAAGUGGGUUUGUGACAAAGCCCACCAUCCAGCUGUGGGUCAGUCCUUCUUCUUCAUUGGAUCUGUCGUGGGCACAAUCACUUUUGGCUAUCUAUCGGAUCGGAUCGGCCGACUGCCAUCCCUUCUGAUGGCCACCAUUUGCGGCGCCGCGGGCGACUUUGCGACAUCAUUUGUUAACACGUUGCCCUGGUUUGCCGCCUCAAGAUUUGUCUCUGGAUUGUCCACGGAUACAAUGUACUAUCUGAUGUAUAUAUUGGUCUUUGAGUACCUGAGCCCCAAGAGUCGAACAUUUGGCCUAAACAUCAUCCUGGCCAUCUUCUACUGCUUCGGGCUGAUGACUUCUCCUUGGGCAGCCAUCUGGAUUGGCAACUGGAGGCACUACCUCUGGCUGGCCUCCCUCCCGGCUUUGGGGGUAUUGAUCUAUCCCCUUCUGAUUUGCGAGAGUGCUCAGUGGUUGUUGACCAAGAAGAAGUACGAAGAGGCGGUGGCCAGCUUGAAAAGAGUGGCCAAAUUCAAUGGAUGCCAGGUGGAGGAAUCUGUAUUUGAUGAGUUUGUCAAGCACUAUCGGGAAAAGGAGCUGGAGGUUAGCAAGCUGGGCGAUCAGGAGGACACGUUUCUGGGGAUGUUUCUAACACCACGUUUGCGGAGAUUCACAUUGACCUUAUUAGUAAAAUCCGUCAUCAUAACCCUCUCCUGCGAUGUCAUCAAUCGGAACAUGGAGGGCCUGGGAACCUCGCCUUUCAAGCUCUUCUCCUUCACCUCAGUGGUCUACCUACCCGCCGGAGUAGCCAUCCUGCUGCUCCAAAAUAAAAUUGGCCGCAAGGGAAUGGCCUGUGCCGCGCUGUUCGUGGGCGGACUUAUCACCACGGCUACUGGACUUCUGAUAGCGCAUCUGGAUCCAACAGAGAAUGCCCUGCUGCUGGCCGUAAUGGUGGCUCUGGGUCGGUUUGGAGCCACCAUUUCCUACGAUGCUGAGAUCCAGUAUGCGGCGGAGAUAAUUCCUACCAGUGUACGGGGGCAGGCGGUGUCCAAUAUCCACGUGGUGGGAUUGGCCUCUAGUUCGCUCGCCUUUUAUGUGAUCUACCUGGCCCAGUACUACAAGCCCCUCCCCUCAAUCUUCAUCAGUAUCUUAAUGUUCUUCGGCGCCGGUCUGUGUCUCACAUUGCCGGAAACCUUGGACAAAAAACUACCUGAAAACUUGGCGGACGGGGAGAAUUUUGCCUUGAACGAGAGCUUUUUUUACUUUCCCUGCCUUCAGAAGAAGCGAACAAAUGUGAAAACUGGCUCCGCCUGAGACGAGGAUAUGGAGUGAUUGACAGGAUAGAAAAUAACUAGGCAAGGACGUGAUUUUAAACGAUCAUUGUAAAUGGCACAUUGUCAUCUUGUUAAAUUAUUUGAUCGAAGACUGAUUAAUAGUUAGAAAUUUCGAAAGUAAAGGUUUGUGAUUCAAAAAA